CGUCGUUGCUACUAGUUGCUAGUGCUACCAAGAACAGGAAGGAAACACCGCCGCCGCCGCGCCUUCCAUUCCAGUACUCGCGGAGGAAAGGAACACCAGCCAGCGCCAUGGUCACGUCGACGACCGCCGCCGCCGUGCUGUCCCCGCCGUCCGUGGCCGGGCUUCGCCUGGCGCCGUCUCCCCGGGCGCGCGUGGCGUUCCGCGCGGCGCGGGCGCGGCGGUCCGUGGCGGCGCGCGCGGAGCUGAGCCCGUCGCUGGUGAUCAGCCUGAGCACGGGCGUGUCGCUCUUCCUGGGCCGCUUCGUCUUCUUCAACUUCCAGCGGGAGAACGUGGCGAAGCAGGUGCCCGAGCAGAACGGCAAGACGCACUUCGACGCCGGCGACGAGCGCGCCAAGGAGUUCUCGGGCCUGCUCAAGUCCAACGACCCCGUGGGCUUCAACCUCGUCGACGUCCUCGCCUGGGGCUCGCUCGGCCACAUCGUCGCCUACUACAUCCUCGCCACCUCAAGCAACGGAUACGACCCCAACUUCUUCUGAGCGGCCGGCUGCGGGCAUGUUCUUGAGCCUGCCUGUAUUCUACUCCGUGUGUGUUGAGCCAUAUAUCUGAUGCUCAAGGAUUGGUUAAUUUGAACAAGUGGUGCAACUGCGCGUGUACAUGGAUUUGCUCUUCCUCUAUGUCUCUGUCUCUCUGUCUCCGG